AUGGCGUCUUUACGACCACAGGCAUGUUCAAAUGCCUGCAAUCUUCCCAACGACCAGCCAAAAACAAGCGACAUCGAAAAGCAGAGUCAACCCAUCUCUCCCGAUGAACCUACAACAAAAAAAUCCAUGUUCUCAAGCCUUGGCCUGCUUGACCGAUUUCUGGCAAUAUGGAUCUUUCUUGCCAUGGCAAUUGGAAUUAUUCUGGGCAACUUCGUCCCAAACACAGGACCCGCCUUGCAAAAGGGCAAAUUUGUUGGGGUUUCAGUGCCUAUCGCGGUCGGUCUUCUGGUCAUGAUGUACCCCAUUUUGUGCAAGAUUCGAUUUGAAUCGCUACAUCAUGUUUUCCGAACCAAAGAAAUUUGGAUCCAGAUGGCUUUCAGUGUCCUUUUGAAUUGGAUUAUUGCUCCCUUCCUUAUGUUGGCCUUGGCUUGGGCUUUUCUCCCAGACGAACCAGAAUUGCGACAAGGACUAAUUAUUGUCGGGUUGGCACGCUGUAUUGCUAUGGUGUUAAUCUGGACAGGAUUAGCUGGAGGUGAUAAUGAAUAUUGUGCCAUCCUCGUCGCUCUCAACUCAGUCCUCCAGAUGGUCCUUUUUGCUCCGAUGGGAGUAUUCUUCAUCGGCGUCAUCAGCGGCGAUUCAGUCUCGUUCGAAUACGCAACAGCCGCAAAAAGUGUCGCGGUGUUUCUUGGAAUCCCCUUGGGGGCCGCCAUUCUCACGCGAUUUGUUCUUCGACGAAUCUCUGCGACAUGGUAUGACCAGACCUUCUUGAGAUGGCUUAGUCCGUGGUCCCUCAUUGGCCUGUUGUUUACGAUCCUUGUGUUAUUCGCCUCGCAAGGUCGCCAUGUGGUCCACCAGAUUGUCUCUGUCGUUCGAGUCGCAGCGCCGCUCAUCGUCUACUUCUUGAUCAUCUUCUUUGCGACUCUACUUGUGGCAUACAAAUUAGGAUUCGGCUACAAGCUCUCCGCUGUGCAGAGCUUUACGGCGGCGAGUAAUAACUUUGAGUUGGCAAUUGCAGUUGCGGUCGCGAUGUUUGGUGCAGAAAGCAACCAGGCCCUUGCUGCGACGGUAGGGCCUUUGAUAGAGGUGCCCGUGCUGUUGGGCCUUGUGUAUGCUGUCAAAUUGAUAGCUAAACGAGCUGGAUGGAAGGACUAA